CCCUGAGAGUCCGAGCCUGGCAGCGGGCGCCGCCCACAGCCCUUCCCGGCUAGGCCCGAGCGAGGCAGCUCUGGCUGGCGCAUCAUGGGACGGCUGGUGACACUGAGUUUGCUGGGGAUUGCGCUGGCGCUCCUGGGCGAGAGGCUUCUGGCGCUCAGAAAUCGACUUAAAGCCUCCAGAGAAGUAGAAUCCGUAGACCUUCCAAACUGCCACCUGAUUAAAGGAAUCGAAGCUGGAUCUGACGAUAUUGAUAUACUUCCCAAUGGUUUGGCUUUCUUUAGUGUGGGUCUAAAAUGUCCAGGACUUCACAGCUUUGCACCAGAUAAGCCUGGAGGAAUACUAAUGAUGGAUCUAAAAGAAGAAAACCCAAGGGCACUUGAAUUAAGAAUCAGCCGUGGGUUUAAUUUGGCUUCAUUUAAUCCACAUGGCAUCAGCACUUUCAUAGACAGCGAUGACACAGUUUAUCUCUUUGUUGUAAACCACCCAGAAUUCAAGAAUACAGUGGAAAUUUUUAAAUUUGAUGAAGAAGAAAAUUCUCUUUUGCAUCUGAAAACAAUCAAACAUGAACUUCUUCCAAGUGUGAAUGAUAUCGUAGCUGUUGGACCGACACAUUUCUAUGCCACCAAUGACCACUAUUUCUCUGAUCCUUUCUUAAAGUAUUUGGAAACAUACUUGAACUUACAUUGGACAAAUGUUGUUUACUACAGUCCAAAUGAAGUUAAAGUGGUAGCAGAAGGAUUUGAUUCAGCAAAUGGGAUCAAUAUUUCACCUGAUAAAAAGUACAUCUAUGUUGCUGAUAUACUCGCUCAUGAAAUUCACGUUUUGGAAAAACACCCUAGUAUGAAUUUAACUCAACUGAAGGUACUCAAGUUGGAUACACUGGUGGAUAAUUUAUCUAUUGAUCUUUCCUCGGGGGACAUCUUGGUAGGCUGUCAUCCUAAUGGCCAGAAGCUCUUCAUUUAUGACCCGAACAAUCCUCCCUCAUCAGAGGUUCUCCGCAUCCAGAAUAUUCUAUCUGAGAAGCCUACAGUGACUACAGUUUAUGUCAACAACGGAUCUGUUCUCCAGGGAAGCUCUGUGGCCUCAGUAUUUAAUAGGAAACUGCUCAUAGGCACUUUAUACCACAGAGCCCUGUACUGUGAACUCUGAAUUAUACUUCUGGUAUGCAAAUGUGGUGACUACUCUUAACAAUUAAUUUUCUAUGAAUUACUAAUUCAGAGGGAGUUUAACCAACAAAGUUGACCUAGAAAUAUAUGGCAUGUAUAGUUAAUUUUAUUUCAGUAAGGAAAGUCCCCUUCAAUUCUUGUAGCACUUUUAUCAUAAAAGGAAAAUUAUUUUUAUUAAUGCUAAGCAAAAGGGAGAGACAAAAGCUGCUUUCCAUAGAGUAAAUACACUUGGCACAAAUAAGUCUCCCCUCUGCCUACCACAUGCCACAUGAGCUCCACUGAAACAGAGUAGGUUGUAUUUCCUUAAAAUGUGAGUGACCUCAGCUCCAACAGUGUGACCACUGUGAAUGCUCAGAACUACUGACACAUAUAACAUGUUUUGAUAUGUUAUACUCAGAUUCUUGUUUACUAUGAAAGACUUGGAGUUAUAUUAAAGAUUUAAUUAGAAUCC